AUGGUAGUAAAUGUGUAUUCGACAUCAGCAACAUUUGAACAAUGUUCGCGAAAUGAGCUUUUAGCGUUUGUCAAUAAUUUCUUGCGGUCCAAUUUUACACGUAUUGAGGAGAUGGGUUCUGGUGCUGCUUAUUGUCAAUUGACUGAACUUCUCUUCCCAGGAAAAAUCUCUUUGAAAAAAGUGAAAUGGAAUUCACGGAAUGAAAUUGAUUGGAUUGCUAAUUGGCGUUUACUGCAAACAGCCUGGAAAGAUCUCGGAGUAAAGAAGGGAGUACCAGUUGAACGUUUGCUACGGUCUAAAUUCCAGGACAAUUUCGAAUUUUUGCAGUGGUUUAAAAAAUUUUUUGACGCAAAUUAUGAUGGCCACCAGUAUGAUGCACUGCGGGCUAGAAAUGGCGAGCCACUUCCGGCAAGUUGGACUGUAUCAUCCAGAUCGGUUGCAUCAAAAGCUCCUGUAGUUGCCAGAAGUAAUCCUGUCACCAUAACGGCGAGAAAAAAUCCAUGUAGCGCUAGUCGAAACAUUGCAGCUGGAAAAAGUUCCGUCCCAAACACAGUAACUUUGCAGCGGGAGUACGAGUUCACAAUUCAGCAGUUAAAAGAAGACCUAAUAGAACUUACCAAACAAAGAGAUUUUUAUUAUGACAAGGUUCGAAAAGUCGAAGUACUUUGUCAGGAAGCAGAAAACAGUCCUACCGUUUCCCGAGAAGAAAUCCUGGAAAUUUUAUAUGAGACUGAGGUGGUUACGUUUCCUGAUUUUUGA